AUGAACAGCCGCAGCGGAUUUUACCGGCAAGAGCUGAACAAGGACGGUGUGGGAGGUGCCGGAGCGGUAUCAGCACCUCACCCCGGUGGGCUCGGGGGCCUAUGGCUCUGUGUGCUCUGCAUAUGACACCAAAACAAGGCAAAAGGUAGCAGUAAAAAAAUUAUCCAGGCCGUUUCAGUCACUGGUCCAUGCACGGCGGACAUAUCGGGAGCUGCGUUUGCUCAAACACAUGAAGCAUGAAAAUGUAAUAGGUCUGCUGGAUGUGUUUACUCCAUCAACAUCCGUUGAAACCUUCAAUGAAGUGAUUUGCAGGUACCUAGUAACCAAUCUGAUGGGUGCAGACCUGAAUAAUAUUGUAAAGUGCCAAAAGCUGACAGAUGACCAUAUCCAAUUCCUAAUAUAUCAGCUGCUUCGGGGCCUCAAGUAUAUCCAUUCAGCGGGGAUCAUUCACAGAGACUUAAAACCCAGCAAUUUAGCAGUAAAUGAAGAUUGUGAAUUAAGGAUUUUAGAUUUUGGGCUGGCACGACAGACAGAUGAUGAAAUGACUGGUUAUGUAGCAACCAGGUGGUACAGAGCUCCGGAGAUCAUGUUAAACUGGAUGCACUAUAACCAGACAGUUGAUAUUUGGUCAGUUGGAUGUAUUAUGGCAGAGCUUUUGAAAGGGAAAGCUCUUUUUCCAGGAAAUGACUAUAUCGACCAGUUAAAAAGGAUAAUGGAAGUUGUUGGAACACCUAAUUCUGAGUUUCUUAUGAAAAUUUCAUCCGAGCAUGCUAGACGGUAUAUUGAAUCUUUGCCAUACAUGCCACAACAGGAUUUAAACGAGGUGUUUUGUGGUGCCAACCCUCUAGCCAUUGAUCUGCUGAAGAGGAUGCUCAUUCUGGAUAGUGACAAGCGAAUCACAGCAUCCGAAGCCCUUGCACACCCUUACUUUGAACAGUAUCAUGAUCCAGAAGAUGAGCCCGAGGCUGAGCCUUAUGACGAAUCUACAGAGAAUAAGGAGCGCACUAUUGAUGAAUGGAAAGGUAUUGCUGUAAUGGAUUAUUGA